AGUAGUGGUGCCGUAUAGCGGUUGCGGUCUGCAACCGAAUGUGAGACAUCGGCGGACAUCGCGCGGCAAACGUACCAUGUCCUGUGUCUAAGAGUCCUGAUGCAACCUCAUGGUCCUCAUUUUCGUUGAACCAGUGGGUAGUUAGAAGUGCAACGGAUUUAAGUACUAGAUGCUUGGUGUUUUAUCUUCAUUCAUGAAUCCAACACAAUCCUUACAUUUUCGGCGUGAUGAAGAAUCAAGAUUUUGUAACGAAGAUGAUCGUUUAAUUAUGUGGUUGAAGUGGGAAGAAGCGUGGGAAGAGGAUAAAUUAAGACGUAGACUAGAAUGGAUACGUCAACAAGAGUUUGAGAUACAACAUAUAAAAUUAAAACAACAAAUGAUAAUAAAUUAUGAGAAAAAACGCGCAGAAGCUAUGAAGUUAAAGCCAACAUCUUCACAUCAUAGUCGUAGCAAAAGCAGGAGUAAAUCGCCAUCAUAUCGUCGACACAAAGAAAAAUCCCAGUUGGAUGCUUUCAAAUCUGAUACUAUAUUCAAGAAAUUAGAUGGGUCUGCAAGUGAAGCAGUACCUUUAUUCAAGGGUCCUGAGGGCACACAGAUUAAUACUACGGAAUUACGUCGUAUUAAAGUUGAUAUUUAUAGGAAUAUCCCUACAAAAAGACAAGUUACCGAUCUACAACGGGAUAUACUUAAUCCUGAGGAUGUGAUUCUGAAGAGAAGAGAGGGAGAAGGAUCUAAACCGAUAUUCGAAAGGGAUGAAAUAAAAGUAAUUGGUGAAGUGGAGGAACGACGUACGGUUGUAGCCACAGAUGGCGAGCAAUCAGGCAAAAUACGAAUUUCUAAAAGGCCUUCGUCAUCGUUGAGUCCUAUUAGAAAUCGCAGUUAUAAUCCUGAAUAUCUAUCUUCCUAUUACACCAGAUAUCGAAGUGCUGAAUCAAAAAAUCAUCAUGAUAAAAGGAUAGAAUACACUGAUUAUCAUAAAAGUGACAGACACUAUAUAUACACAGACACUAAUAAUACACAGAAACAUAAGGACUAUAAAGAGAAAUACACAGAUAGAAAUGUAAAAAGGCACGACGGUACUCGUUCAAGUUCUAGCGAACGAGACAUGCAUAGUUCCCAUUCUAGAACUUAUCGCAACCGAUAUAAAGAUAAAUUAAACGAAUAUUCUUGGGAAAGGAAAAUUAGAGACAAAAAUAGGGAUAGUGAUAAGGAUAGAGAUAAAGACAGAGGUACUGAUAUGGAUAAGUAUAGAGACAGGGAUAAAAGAGAUCAAGAUCGAGAAAGAGAUAGGAAUAAAAAUAGAUCUAGAGACAGUAGAGAUCCAAUGUCACAUUAUAUUGGACAUGUACCAGUACCUAUUUAUUAUGGUAAUUUACCUCCGGGACCAAUCAUGGUAAACCCCAUGGUUACAAUUCCUAGAGGACAGGUUCCUUCUUUAGGAAGAAGUCGGCAUCUUCCUUUAAUGAGACCAUUCUCACCGCGAUUUGUUCCACCUGAUAUAUAUAGAAUGGGACCUCCAGCUCCAAAUUCAAAUUAAAUGAGUGCAAGUGGAGCAAUGUCUUUAUUCAAGAGUCCUGAGGGCACAUAGAUUAGUACUGCGGAAUUAUGUCGUAUUAAAAUUGACACUCAUAGGAAUAUCUUUGCAAAAAGACAAAUUACCGAAUUACAACGGAUUAUACUUAAUUCCAAAGAUGUGAUCCUCAAGAGAAAAGAGGUUCAUUCAAAUUGAGCACUGCCAAUGCCUGACAGAGAAGAAAGAAGAACUGAAAAGAAAGCAAAUCGAACAAAACUUUUGCUAAUUAUACUCUUAACUCGUUGCAUUGACAUUUAAUAAGCA